AUGGCAGCAGAUCCUUCAAAUCCGCCAAACGUUCCAGGUGGAUGGUUAGCGAAAUACGAUGAAAAGUAUAAGACCUUUUUCUAUGUAGACUUAUCAACCAAGAAGUCUCAGUGGGAGGCGCCAGAUGGAACUACAUUUGGAAAGAAGGAAGGCGAAUCGGCUCCUCCAGCAUACUCGCCAUCUGGAUCGAGCUCAAAGCCAACCCCAUCCCCACAACCUUCGACUGGCCAAUCUGCUGAUGGAAGAGGGCUCUUCAGCCAUAAGCAACACCAGCAGUACCCACCACAACAGCAAUAUGUCCAGCAGUCGGGCUACGGGGGUGGAUAUCCUCCACAACAGGGCUACGGUGGCUAUCCUCCACAACAGGGCUACGGUGGCUAUCCUCCACAACAGGGCUACGGUGGCUAUCCUCCUCAACAAGGCUACGGUGGCUACCCCCCACAGGGCUACGGAGGCUACCAACAACCUCAAAGGCAGAGCAGAUUUGGUGGUGGUGGUAUGGGUAUGGGAGGAGGAAUGGCCAUGGGUGCGCUCGGUGGUUUAGCCGGUGGAAUGCUUCUCGGAGAAAUGAUGGAAGAUCACCUGGAUAACAUGGCGUACCAAGACGGUUACCAAGACGGUGCUGACUUUGACGGUGGUGACGGUGGAGGAGGAGACUUCUAA